ACGUAGGAUCGAGACGCUGGAACCCAGCCCUCCCGUAAAAAAGUUAAUAAAUUAAUGUUUAAGUGAAGAAAAGUUAAUUAAUACUUUUUUAAGGUUACUUAUAAACUACUCCGGAUUGUUUUAAGCUAUGCCUCAUAAACAGAGGACGAAGAAAACUGCUACCGCGAAGACCGCUCAAGUUGGAACAGAAUCAAGGCCCACUUCUACCGAAGAACCGCGGACUCAGGUACAACACACCACCGGUGAAACAGAAAAGGAGACUGCGGCAGCAUCGGCCAUUUCUAAAGGGAAAGAUCAACGAGAACUGCGCAAGCGUAAAGGAAUGAGCAUGCGCAAAAGAGAGCAACCAGAACUACAAAUCCCAGCAACGACUGAAACCGACAGUGAAAGUGAGUCUGAGAGAGAGCCGGACUCUCUGGAAAAAUCAGAUGAAGAUGGAGAAGAAGAAGAAGAUGAAAGUUCCUCUGAAAAUACAAAAAAGACUUUGAGGCAAAUAAUGCAUAAAUUACAAAAAUUAGAAAAAGUAAUUAAAAGUAACCAAAAAGUAAUUAAAGAAAAAAUAACAAAUAUGGAGGCUAUGUUUGAUAAAAUGACAAAGAAACAACUUGGAUCUGCUCAAGAAAUGGAAUGGGGAGGAGCACCAGAUGGGGAAUGGAGAAUAAUGAAGGAAAGGGAGGAUCUACUGGGGAAGUCUCCAAGAUUGACCAGUCGAUCGCGAUCGACAAGUUGGCAACCACUAUUGGGCUAUUGUCCUUUUG